AUGGCAGACCCUCUGAGCGUGAUUGGCGUCGUCUUCACUACGGCGCAAGCUACAAAGACCCUAUACCAGACGGUGCAAAGCUUCCGUGAUCAACCCCGCGCCGUGAGGCAGCUACGAGAUGAACUCAAGAGCCUUGACGGUGUCCUCGACUCUCUUUAUGACGCAGUCGAGCAAGAGGAGAUGUUCUUUCUGCCGCUUCAGCUCCCGCUACGCCAGUGUGGCAAGGCGUGUAGCGAGUUUGAGGCGCUAGUAGUGAAGUGCACAACCCAUUCUGAUGGUGCCUGGCCUAGCGUGCGGGACUGGAUGCGACUGCGAUACAUGGACGCAGACAUCCGGGGCUUCACCGAAAUGCUCGCUGGGUAUAAGUCCACUAUGUCUGUGGCGCUCGCUUAUGCGAACCUACGGUCGAGCAAGAUUACACGGGCUGCCCUCGACGAGUACCAAGACAUGAUUAAAGCUACGACUCAAGACCUUGAGAGUCAUCUCGAAGACAUUAACAGGAAACUACACUCACUUACCUCACUCGGUGACCAGCAACCUGCCGACAAUGCUGAGGAGAGACAGUGGUUCGAAAGGGAACGGCAGAGUACGCAGCAGUGUCUAGACAUAUGCGCCCAGGGCAUCACCCAACUUGUUGAAGCAAGAAAGAGAUACAAGGAUGGCGCACACACAGCUAUGGAGGCCGAGCAAUUGACUCUUGCGGAACUUGUGACUCUCCUGGCGCUGAGAAGGUGCCAAGACGAUCUGGCGAUCCACCUCCGGGCCAAAGAAGAACAGGCCGGACGAUCCCAGUCUCUACCAGUGCAUCACCGUCAGGCCGCUCUGCCUACCUCCUCCCCCGAGACCCAAGCGUUUCUGCACGAGUCCCACAGCACCGAGCAGUGUCUGGCAGUCCUCCAUCGUGCUGCCGAGCAAGCAUCGUCCAGCGGUGUUCAUGUCGUGGAGGAUGUGGAUAUUGGUAACGACGCGCAGCAGAUGCUGAUCACAUCGCGGGACCAGCUCUUUGAGGCCAGGCGCAUCAAGCUAGGCAAAACAGUGAAGAGACGUUUGAAGAGUCCUACCGCGCCCUCGCAGACCUUCUGGCGCUGCCUCGCCGGCACGACCUCAAGGUCAAUGUGCUGGCGCUGGAAGGAUGUCAGCUCAUGCUUCAUGAUCGUCGAUAGCGCCGAUGAUGUUGGCGUGUUUUUUGCGAAAGAGGGCAGUGAAGACGGCGCGCAUGAACCACUGGCUUCACACCUGCCCAAGACGGCUGGCGGCGAAAUCUUAUUCACGUUACGCAGUCUAGACGCUAUAGAGAAGCUCGCCGGUAGCGGUAGGACAAUACUGCGCAUACCAGUCAUGGAGGAGAAGCAGGCGCUACAAGUUCUGCAAAAGGAGCUUGACAAAGAAGUGGACGAAGCGCCUGCGAUUGACCUCGUUUGCCCUCAACCAUAUCCCACUAGCGUCAAUCAAGCAUCAGCCUACAUCAACAGGCGCAGUCCGCGAGGUACUCCUGCGUCGUACUUGAUUGAGUUCCUCAAGAACUAA